GGCGCAAUAUCACUCCUUCUGUCAAACAUGGCUGUGCUUUUGAAGAAAGAAAAAUGCUGAAUUGUGUUGGUAGAUUUCGGAAAAAGAAGCAAACAUGGCGAGAUUGGCUGAUUAUUUGAUUGUCGUGAGAUUAGAUCAGGACAAAACUGGUGCAGGAGAAGGAUGUGGGAAGAUCAUCCAGCGCUUCCCCAAAAAGGACUGGGAGGGCACAGUGUUUCCCCAGGGGGUGGAGAUGUUCUGCCAGCCAGGAGGAUGGAGGCUGUCCCGAGAGAGGAAAGCUCCCACCUUCUUCACGGUGGUGUUGACGGACAUCGACUCAGACAGACACUACUGCUCCUGCCUCACCUUCUACGAGGCAGAGGUCAACCUGCAGGGAACAAAGACUACCGAUGCAGAUGAGGAUGAGGAAGAGGAUGGCUUGAUCCAGCCCGCUCAAGUCUUUGCACCCAAAAGUCUCAUUCUGGUCUCCAGGCUGGAUUAUCCUGAAAUAUUCCGGGGMUGCUUGGGCCUGAUCUACACGGUGUACGUCGACAGCCUGCCGUUCCCCYUGGAGGGGCUGGUUUCCAACCUCUUCACGUGCAUGGUUCCUGUGGCUGGCGGCUCCCAGAAACUGUUUUCCCUGGGAGCUGGCGACCGACAGCUAAUCCAAACCCCUCUGAAUGACAACCUGCCUGUUACAUGCAAGAGUGUGGCCCUGCUCUUCCAGCAGCUUGGAAUCCAGAAUGUUCUGAGUCUUUUCUGUGCGGUUCUGACCGAGCACAAGGUUUUGUUCCAUUCUACGAGUUACCAGAGACUAGGGGAGGCGUCGCGUGCCCUGGAGGCACUCAUGUUCCCCCUCAAAUACAGUUACCCAUACAUCCCCAUCCUGCCGUCACGGCUGCUAGAGGUGCUGAGCUCACCCACCCCCUUCAUCAUCGGGGUCCACUCCAUGUUCCAGAGCGAGAUCCAAGAACUGUUGGACGUUAUCAUAGCUGAUCUGGAUGGAGGAACCAUAAAGAUUCCAGAGUGCAUCCACCUGUCCCAGCUCCCUGAACCACUGUUACACACUACAGAGACUGCCCUGUCUUUGGUUUUGCAUCCUGAUCUGGAGAUAGCUGACAAUGCCUUCCCACCCCCUCGCACAGCCCCCUCCAACCUCAAACUGUUGGAUAAGGAGGUGCGAGCCGUGUUCCUCAGGCUGUUUGCACAACUCUUCCAGGGCUACAGGUCCUGCCUGCAGCUUAUCCGCAUCCAUUCCGAACCCGUUAUCCACUUUCACAAGACUGCCUUCUUGGGCCAGAGAGGCCUGAUUGAAAACGACUUCCUGACCAAGGUUCUGGAUGGAUGGCCAUUCGCUGGCUUGCGUGUCUCUGGAGAAUCCCAACCCCACAUGGCGUUCAGAAGAAGUGCCUCGGCCCACGGAGGCUCCACCUGCGGGCAUGUGGUGCCCUUCCCCCUGCUGGACGAUGAGAAGGUGGGCGGCUGCUGGCGGAGGCUGGCCAAGCAUCCCAGCGCCUGCCAUCACUACCACCACGCCGCGCAGAGAAGGAAAGUGUGUGGUGCCCCGGCCCUCACCAUAGCUAGUAUUUCUACCACUCUUGUAUUCCUAACCUGCUCACCCCUCAUCUGUGCAGUGUCCAUCAUGGGGAAGAUGGGCUCAGUGUUCAACAGCGCUCGCAGGCUGGAGGUGGUGAGGAGCUGCAUCUCCUUCAUCUUCGACAACAAGACCCAGGAGACGGAGAAGACCCUGCCAGCUGCGCUGCGUGCUCUGAAAGGCAAGGGUCGCCAGUGUCUGACUGAGGAGCUCAGUCUGCACGUCCAGCAGAACCGGGCCAUACUGGACCACCAACAGUUUGACUACGUCAUCCGCAUGAUGAACUGUGCCCUCCAGGACUGCUCCAGCUCUGAAGAGUACACCGUCGCCUCCGCCCUGCUGCCACUGACGACAGCCUUUUACCGGAAAUUGCCGGCUGGCGUGAGCCAGUUUGCCUACACCUGUGUCCAGGACCAUCCCAUUUGGACCAAUCAGCAGUUCUGGGAGGCCACGUUCUACAGCGAGGUCCAGAACCAGAUCCGAGCCCUGUACCUCACCGCCCCUGAAGACAAACUAGGCAUCACUGCCAGGCUAAAGGAGCAAGGUCCCCUGCCCCCGGCGGCCCCCAGCGCCUCGGAACGCACGGCCAUGGACCUGGCGGCGGAGCAGCUGCGCGCCUGGCCCUGCCUCAGCAAGGAGAAGCAGCAGGAGCUGGUGAAGAACGAGGAGAGCACGGUGUUCAGCCAGGCCAUCCACUACGCCAGCCUCCUGGUCUACCUGCUGGUCCCCCUGGACACCAGCAAGAACAAGCUGCUCAGAGCCAACCCCGUCGCUGACUGGGAGAGCGGCAGCAACAGCAUCGUCACCAACAGUAUUGCAGGCAGUGUGGCGGAUAGCUUUGACACAGAGAGUGGCUUUGAGGACUCUGAGAACAGCGACGUGGCCAACUCUGUGGUACGCUUCAUCGCCCGCUUCAUUGACAAGGUGUGCACAGAGAGUGGCGUCAGCCAGGACCACAUCAAGAGUUUGCAUAGCAUGAUCCCAGGCAUCGUGGCCAUGCAGAUGGAAACUCUGGAGGCGGUCCACAGGGAGAGCAGGAGGCUGCCACCUAUCCAGAAGCCUAAGAUCCUGCGCCCAGUGCUGCUCCCUGGUGAAGAGUUUGUGUCGGAGGGUCUUAGAGUGGUCCUGGACCCUGAUGGCAGAGAGGAGGCUACGGGGGGAAUGCUCGGGGGACCGCACAUCCUGCCAGCAGAGGGAGCCCUCUUCCUCACCUCCUACCGCAUCAUAUUCAAGGGCUCCCCACACGACCCACUAGUGGGGGAGCAGGCAGUGAUCAGGAGCUUCCCAGUGUCCACCUUGACCAAAGAGAAGAAGAUAAGUGUCCAGAACCAACUGCAGCAAAACAUGCAGGAGGGACUGCAGCUCCGCUCGGCAUCCUUCCAGUUGAUCAAGGUGGCGUUUGACGAGGAGGUGAGCUCAGAGAUGGUGGAGAUCUUCAGGAAACACAUCCAGAGGAUCCGCUACCCUCAGUCCAUCUUCAGCACAUUCGCCUUCGCCGCAGGCCAGAACGCUCCCCAACUCAUCCUUCCCAAACAGAAGGAGAGGAACACGGGUUUCAGGACGCUGUCCAAGACCAUUGUGAAAGGAGCCAAGAGAGCUGGGAUGAUCACUAUGGGCCGUCAGAGUCAGACCACGCUGAAGAAGAACGACAGAGGGAGUCGGAUGACCUGGCACGAGGAUGAUGACAUCUCAGUGUCAGAUGAGGGUGAGCCACCCCCCAGCAGCACGUUGAGGGCAUCAGAGAAAUCCACCAUGGAGCAGCUGGUGGAGCGGGCGUGUUUCCGUGACUACCAGCGGCUGGGGCUGGGCACCGUCACAGCCAGCUCCUCCCGCUCUAAGACAGGAGAGCAGUUCAGAGUAACUGCAGUCAACAGACUCUACUCCCUCUGCCGCAGUUACCCAGGGCUCCUGGUGGUUCCCCAGUCAGUGCAGGACAGCAGCCUGCAGAAGGUGGCCCGUUGUUACAGACACAACCGCCUGCCAGUGGUGUGUUGGAAACACCCCCGCACCAAAGCUGUGCUGCUACGAUCCGGAGGCUUCCAUGGCAAAAGUGUGGUGGGACUCUUUAAGUCCCAGAACCAAUCUUCAACAGCCCCUGCCAACUCUUCUGAUUUGUCCAGUAGUCUGGAGCAGGAGAAGUAUCUUCAGGCCAUCCUCAACUCCAUCCCCGUCUACUUCAAACUGAACGGCAGUAACACUCUGUCCAACCGCUCUCUCAUCGGCCUCUCACCAGGUGUCUGGGCCAGCCUGCGUUCCAGCAGCCGCUUCAGCCAGCACCCUUCUGCAGCUGAUGUUGGUGCCAGGCUGGCAGGAAAGGAUUUGGCGCCCCCUGCAGGCAGCGAGAGCCUGCAUGCCCAGCUCCUCAAACAGCAGGCUGCCCUCUACAUUUUUGGAGAGAAGUCCCACCUCAGGGGCUUCAAACUGGACUCUACUCUGAACUGUGAACUGGUGCCUGUGGACUUUGCUGACACGCGCCAGAUCAAAGGUGCCUUUAAGAAGCUGCUGAGGGCCUGUGCUCCGAGCGCUACGUCUUCAGACACACAGGACUCCUUCUUCAAAGCCCUGGAGGACUCUGAGUGGAUCCUUCARCUUCACAAGCUCCUGCAGUUGGCCCUGAUUUUGGUGGAGCUGCUGGACAGUGGCUCGUCCGUCCUGCUGAGUCUGGAGGAUGGCUGGGACAUCACCACACAGGUGAGUGGUGUCCUGGUCCAGCUACUGAGUGACCCGUUCUACCGGACUCUGGAGGGCUUCCAGGUGCUGCUGGAGAAGGAGUGGCUGUCCUUCGGUCACAAGUUCAGCCAGCGCUCCAACCUGAGCCCCAGCAGCCAGGGCAGCGGUUUCACGCCCAUCUUUCUGCAGUUCCUGGAUUGCGUGCACCAGAUCCAGGACCAGUGCCCUUUGGAGUUUGAGUUUAAUCAGCACUAUCUGAAGUUCCUGGCAUACCACUACAUCUCCAACCGCUUCAAGAACUUCCUCCUGGACUCCGACUACGAACGCCUGGAGCAUGGCACAUUGUUCGAGGACAAGCCGGGAGACAAGCAGGCCAGGAGGGGGGUCUGUAUCUGGGAGUGUAUCAGCAGAAUGCACCGGAGGAGUCCACUGUUCUUCAACUACCUGUACAGUCCCACAGAGGCUGAGCUGGUGCUCAAGCCCUCUAUCAGCAUCCCUGCUUUGAGGAUGUGGGACUUCUUCACGGGGGAGACCCUGUGCACAGGCCCGUCCUAUGACUGGAGGAUGCAGGCUGUCAGGUCGGAGAGCAUGGAGGAGACAGACACCAUCGCCACCAGCAAGAGGAGGAUCGUGUGGCCCUGCUACAGCAGUGUGGGGCGCGCCCAGCCUGACGCCAUCACCAAGCUCCUGGCUGACAUAGAGCGGCUGGAGGGGGAGAUGAGCCAAGCACCAGAGAGGUGGCAGGCCACUCUGGAGAGGGUCCGAGUCAGUAUCCAGGAGGACCUCAAACAGGAGGGAAAUCUCCGCAAGCAGUCUGCGUCCACCUCGGGGCUGAUCCCCACGUCCAGUCUGCAGGCGUUCCAGAGACGUUCCAUGCUGCACCUGCCUGACAGUGGCUUGGGGGAGGACAGCAGCCCCACUGCCACUAACGGGGUCAACCGCCGGGCCGCCACACUCUACAACCAGUUCACCCCCAAGAACGAGGAAAACAGAUCAUUUGAGGGGAUUCUGUACAAACGAGGAGCACUGCUGAAAGGAUGGAAACCUCGCUGGUUUGUUUUGGACAUUACAAAACACCAACUGAGGUACUACGACACGGGAGAGGACACUAACUGCCGGGGCCACAUUGACCUGGCGGAGGUGGAGUCRGCUCUGAUCGCCACCCCCACCAUAGGAGCUCCUAAACACAUCAGUGAGAAGGCCUUCUUCGACYUGAAGACCACCAAGCGAGUGUACAACUUCUGCGCCUCGGAUGCCCAGAGCGCCCAUCAGUGGAUGGACAAGAUCCAGAGCUGCAUCUCCGACGCUUAACCUCUGAACUCCCCAGCCAGGGCGUGGUCAGGGUGUGGUCAGGUCACAGCAUUAGCAUUAGCAUUAGGUGCAGCAAGGUGGCUAAGCGCAGAGACUGUGGGCACAUAUAUACAGUACAUAUUCAGCUCAGUCACCAUGGGAGUGGCUYUACCAUGAGGACCACAGUGAUCUAAGUGCCUGUUAGUGGAGGCUAUGCCAUCCAUCCAUCCAUCCUGCUGCCUUGCAGGACUUCAGGCAGUCGUCACAAGUUGAUUAAUGUGCCCGGUCUCUGCCAUCAGCUCUCUUUGUACUAUUCCUUGUUACUGCUACAGGGAUCAACACUUAUAGUGAAAAGUAAAUAGAAAAAACGGAUGCCUGAGCACCACUAAGUAUAGUUUAUGCCAUUUCAGUUGUAAAUAGAUAAAAGCAAUAGCACUGGCCAUUUUAAACUGUGGGUUCAAUAUAUACAGUAAACUAAGAUAUAUAUAUAAAGCAUACAAGAGAAUUUAUUUCAGAUAUUUUACAAUGAGGARAAGGUAUUACUGCUUGAUGAAAGGUAUAAACCACCGAAAACUCAAAGGUUUUGAAAAUGCACAAUAUGACAAGGCCAUUUGUUUGCACUUAGUUCUAUAAUAUGCACUCCAUAUAGAAUGAUUUUCUUACUGAAGCGAACAGCCAGGUGAAAGGCAUUACUUUAUGAUGAUGUACAUAAGGACCUUUUCCAGACAAACUGGAAGAGAAAAAACACUAAAGUUCCAAACAUGUUCCUGACAUUUUAUAUUUAAGUGAUGUCCUCUAUUUUUAAACAUACACUAUGAAUGUUUUGACUCAUGGAUAACAGUUUGUUUGUUCUUGUGAUGUAAAUUAUUUUUUUUAUUAAAAGAGUAACUCAUGUUGUUAAAGUGUGGUGGCUUAAUGUUUUAUGUAAAUACUCAUGUGAUAUUUCCUAUUUUUUAUAUAUAACAUGUGUAUGCUUCUCUAAUCUUAACUGUAAUAUGACCAACUUUACAAUUCUGCAUUUUGGUAUGUAUUGUCUUGUAUGUACAAGUAUAGUAACCUUGUUUCCUGUCUUUGAUGAGACUGACUAUGAGCCAUUGUGUGUUAGAUGAAGGGGAGUUGACUAUAUUUCUCAGAAUAUCCAGAAAGACUGUCUUAAGGGCUUUUAAGUAAAUCAGUCAGUGUGGUUUGUUUCAUCUGUUGUCUGCAUCUUCCAGUUUGAGAUAACAAAGCAAAAAAGAGCAUCAAAGUCAUUUCAGAAGCUAUUUGAGAAGAUAUAUGUUACUGUAUCUUUUGUACCAUGUUUUGUUGAUACUAAUGUUGUUUUUUUGGAAAUAAAUCAAAAGUACUUGAACUAG